AUGGCUGAGCAGCUGGAAUCUGUUCUUGAUGCCACAGUGAAGCCGAGUACAAAUUUCAGUUCAUAUCGUCUGGCUGAGGCAUAUCGAGAAUUUGUCUUAGACUACAGGACGGAGAUCCUCUCUCUGGUCAUUGCCCUGGUCGGGCUGGUGGGGAACAGCAUCGUCCUGUGGCUGCUGGCCUUCCUCACCCAGAGGAGCCCCUUCUCUGUCUACAUCCUCAACCUGGCCAUGUCCGAUGCCAUCUUCCUUGGCAGCUACUUUGGGUUGUGUAUGUGGGCAAUUGUUGGAGAUUUAGAUGCUGCUGUGCUGGAGCUGAUAUUGGUCUGCAUCCUACACAUGUCCUACUGUGUGGGUCUGAGCCUCCUGGCUGCGAUCAGCACCGAGCGCUGUCUCUCUGUGCUCUUCCCCCUCUGGUACAGAUGUCACCGGCCCAAGCACACAUCUGCAGCUGUGUGCGCCAUCCUAUGGGCUCUGCAGGGCCUGUAUUGGGGAAUAAUUGUGGCUCUUCAUUUCCUUAUCAAUUUCCACACCUAUUUCUACCGCUUUCUGUUCUUCAUCCAGUUUGGCUGGUUCUCCCUCCUCACCUGUGUGCUGGGCGUGUCCAGCUUGACGCUGGUGCUGAGGGUCCAGUGCAGCUCCCAGCGCAGGCACCCACCCAGGCUCUACGUCCUGGUGCUGCUCACAGUCCUCGUGUUCCUGCUCUGCGGCCUGCCCUGGGGGAUUAAUGAUGCAGCUUCAUUUUUCAGGAACUCAUCUUCAAUGCAUUUGGGAGCCUCGAGGCUCCUGGCCUGUGUGAACAGCAGUGCAAAUCCUUUCAUUUACUUCUUCCUGGGCAGUCAAUGGCGUAGAAGAGGGAGGGAGCCGCUCAGGGUGGUCCUGCAGAGGGCCCUGGGGGAGGAGCAGGUUGGGGGAUUUGAGGAGAAGGACACUUCCCACCCCAACACUGUGGAUAAGAACAAGAGGCUCAGACAAGGGAGGGGAGUCCAUGAAAUGCACCCCUUCUUCCCCCACCCCAUCUGA